CGACACUUCAGACUGGUUUUGCAAAACUUCUGUGAACUUUCAACAAGCUUAUUCAACUUUAAAAAAACAACAACACACAUUUAAAAAUCAUUGGACAUGGCCACAGAAGAAGCAUGUAAGGUUUAUUCUCUGAAAGGAAAAGUCGCUUUAAUCACAGGGGCCAGCUCGGGUAUCGGCGCAGGGACAGGAGUCUUAUUCGCCAAACUUGGAGCUUUGCUGGCGCUGAAUGGAAGAGAUUUGGAAAAUUUAACCAAAGUCGCCCAACAGUGUAAAGACUGUGGAGCAGCAGAGCCUUUGCUUGUGCCCGGAGACUUGACUGAUGAGGAGACGGUUAAAAAGACUGUGGAGAAAACCAUUGCUCACUUCGGCCGGUUGGACGUCCUGGUGAACAGCGCCGGGAUCCUCGCCCUGGGCACAAUCGAGACCACUGACCUAGCUCAAUAUGACAAGGUCAUGAACAUCAAUGUCAGGUCCGUUUACCACCUCACUCAGCUGUGCGUGCCUCAUCUCAUCAACACUAAAGGAUGUAUCGUCAAUGUGUCGAGUGUGAAUGGGCAAAGAUCAUUCCCAGGUGUAUUGGCCUACUGUGUAUCUAAAUCUGCUAUUGACCAGUUCACCCGCUGCAUUGCUUUAGAACUAGCACCAAAACAAGUGAGGGUAAAUUCAGUUUGCCCUGGUGUUAUAGUUACUGAGGUUCAUAAAAGGGCAGGACUGGAUGAGGAACAAUAUGCUCAGUUUUUAGCCAAAGCUAAGCAAACUCAUGCCCUGGGUCGUCAUGGAGAGGUGGAUGAAGUGGCCCAAACCAUUGCUUUUUUGGCAUCAGAUGCAGCAAGUUUUAUCACUGGUGUGAAUCUUCCAAUAGACGGAGGCCGUCACGCCAUGUGUCCCAGAUAAGGCAAUAAAAUCAUGAACUAAUGCACUAAAACAACCUCUUUGUGUCUUGCUUUAUCUCCAUUUACAAAAGCUGCACUGCAUCAGUCUUUCAAUUGAAAAGGAGCAGGUUUUCAUAUUAUGCCAGAUUAAUAUUUCAGAUGUAUCUUUGCACUGAGCCGAGUGUACAGUCCCUGGACUGGUGGAGUUGGGGCAGGAGA